CGCGGCGGGAACAGGUCGCCAUCUUGAAAAAAAUAAUAGCUGUCAAUUCGCGCGCCAUAUUCAAAUAUCGAACUCACCUUUUUUUUACCAAGUGUUUUGAAAUUCUUUAAUCUGACAGUUUUUCGUUUUUUUUUAAUUUUUUUCUUUUGCUAACUGUGCAAGUGCGUGGCGUUUUUCGCAAAGUAAAAGGAGGUGCAACGUGUUUAAAUUUUUUUCGAAAAAGAAGUAAACAAUGCGGGCGUAGUGAGUGACUGACCUAACAAGAUGGCGGCCCCGGCCGUGGUUGUCAAACGGGCGUACAAGUACUAUGGACGGAAGGAUAAACCGGACUACAAACCUGUCCUGGAGUACUUGGACAUGACCGUUGAGAAGGGUAUCAUAUAUGGCCUCCUAGGUCCAUCCGGUUGUGGCAAGACCACACUCCUGUCUUGCAUCGUCGGUAGACGGAAACUGGACAGCGGGGAGGUAUGGGUUUUGGGGGGAAAACCGGGCGAGAAAGGCAGUGGAGUUCCAGGGCCCAGAGUUGGGUAUAUGCCCCAGGAUAUCGCCCUAGUCGCAGAGUUCACAGUACGGGAUGCAGUCUACUACUUCGGCAGAAUCUACGGUAUGAAGAUGAAGAAGCUCGCGGAGCAGUUCGACUUUCUCACCAACUUAUUAGAGCUGCCUAGUGGAGGGAGGCUAAUAAAGACCCUCUCUGGAGGACAACAGAGGAGGGUCUCACUCGCUGCGGCGUUGGUCCAUGAACCAGAACUGCUUAUAUUGGAUGAACCGACCGUCGGGUUGGAUCCAGUGCUCAGAGAACGAAUCUGGGAGUUCCUCGCGGAGCAAGCAAGAAAUGGUACCACCGUCAUUAUUACAACGCAUUACAUCGAUGAAACGAAACAGGCGCAUAAGAUUGGUCUACUCCGAGACGGUCAACUGUUAGACGAGGAUUCCCCUGAUGAAAUCCUACGGAGGUACGACUGCAAUACCCUAGAAGAUGCCUUCCUGAAGAUGGCGUUGAGGCAACACGAGGUUACUCAUAGGAGAAGGUCGACUCUCACGGGCUCUCCAGAUGUUAUCCCGGAAAGCAGUAUAGUGAACGACAGUCGCUAUCAGUCCCGGGAAGACUUCAAUGUCGUCUCUAGCAGUACUGAUGUAUUAACUAGUAAAGAAAAACCAGAGAGAAUCAAAAAUGGAAAGAAAGGAAGAUAUAAAGCAGUUUUCAUCAAAAGUGUACAGCAAUUUUCAAGACAUCCCGGCGGCCUCAUAUUCUCCAUUCUGUUUCCCAUUGUGCAAGUGGUGGCGUUCUUCGGUGCCAUAGGCCACGACCCGAGGGACUUGCACGUGGCAGUUGUCAACCAUGAAGCCGCUUUCUCACCACUUGGUCUAGACACAUGCCGGAACACAACCGUUACAUACGUGACGCAGAAGGAAGACGAGUCGUGCGAGCAGUAUAUGCUGAGUUGCUGGUUCCUCGAGGAAAUGGAGAAAAGGAAGCUGUUCCCAACGAUAUAUAAUUCGACAACAGAAGCGAAGAACGCAGUGGCGAAACGAAUAGUUUACGGUGCGGUGCGCUUCCCACAAAACUUUAGCGAUGCGCUCGCGAUACGAGUCACGGAGGGGCGUGUAGAAGACGACAUCAUUGACGAAAGUACCAUAAGCGCCUGGAUCGAUAUGAGUGACCAUCAGAUAACGAACUUCGUGAAGCUACAGCUGCAUAAAGCGUACGAGGCGUUUGCCCGACGUACGAUGCGAGCGUGCGGGAAGAACGAAGAACUAGUUCAGAUCCCUGUCAGGUUCGAGAAACCAAUUUACGGUAUAGCUGACGCUGAGAUCGUAGCUUAUAUGGCACCUGGAGUUAUGGUCACUAUAAUCUUCUUCCUUGCCGCAAUCGUGACCUCAACCCUGAUGAUAUCAGACAGACUCGAAGGUGUAUGGGAGAGGAGUGCAGUGGCUGGAGUACAACCCAAGGAAAUGCUCCAAGUGCAUAUAGUUCUACAGUCACUUGUGAUAUUAAUGCAGACAAUCGAAAUGAUGAUAGUAGCGUACCUUGGCUACAACCUUCCCUACAAAGGAUCUCUGGUGACAAUCGCCUGCUUAUUGUUCCUGCAAGGCCUGGGAGGGAUGUGCUUCGGAUUUCUUCUCUCUGUUCUUUGCUCGAGCUACACUGUGUCGUUCUUCAUCGCCACUGGGAGCUUCUAUCCGAUGAUUCUACUCUGUGGAAUCCUCUGGCCAAUAGAAGGAAUGCCAAACGUGCUGCGUCUUAUCUCAUUCGCACUUCCUUUCACCAUUCCCGCUAAAUCCCUCCGAGACCUCAUGGAGAAGGGCUCUCCCUUUACGAACCCUGACAUAUACGGCGGGUUCCUUAUAACCAUCGCCUGGAUCGUGGGAACCCUGGCACUCUGCUUUUUAAGAUUAAGGUUUAGGAAGAUGUAGAAAUUGUAUAUAGAUCUUUUUAGAAUAUUUGAUAUUAAUAAUGUAGGAUUUUAGCGGAGUUAAGUGCCCAUGUUAUAAAACUCCAGAAGGCGUGUUGUUAUCUUUUUUACGAAGAGUAUAGUUUACAAUGGUGUCAGCGAAACUGCACAUCAAAAGAUGUUUAGGAUACCCAGAACUUAAUGUUGAAUGGAAAGGGUAUCAGGCUGUUUGAGACUUCAUGAAGAAAACUUUGUGGCUCAGUCAUUGGAAGUUGGGAAUCUGCUUAGAUUAAUAAAGUGAGGAAAUGCUUAUGCUCAAAUGCCCAUGGCCAAUGGUUUAUUAAUGGUCUUACAAACUUUCUAGGUAAUAAAUAAUAUAUAACAAAGUGGAUUUCUUUAAAAUAUCACUAGCUCCAACGCUGAAGUAAAACAUCGUGAGGUAACCUGCAUGCCUGAGAGUUCACCGUAAUUUUCUCAAAGGUGUGUGGAGUCCACCAAUCCGCACUGGGCCAGCGUGGUGGACUUCGGCCUUAACCCUUUCUCAUUCUGGGAGCCGUGCCAUGUAGCGGGCAGGCAAUUGGUUGAUUUGAUAAAAGUGGAAUAUCAAUAGUAUUAUGGUAUGCACAGUGGAUGGAUUGCUCAAAAAUAAAACUGAUAAGAUAUUAUGGGUAAUUUCUGACAAUCUGCAGAAGUUCUUUCUUACAUAUACUGAGGGUCGUGUGUUGGGUUUUUUAACCUACGUUUAAUUAUUCGAUCACAUGAAAUUAAUUACCAUUUACAUGGUAUAGGAAGAGCGACAUCUAGUGACGAGCCCGUUUUCCAAUUUUCGAACUAGAUGGCGCGGCAGUCUUUCGAAAACAUAUAAAUUGUUUCGCGAGAUCGGAUAUGUACAUGUUGGUAGAAAAUCACACAGUUGGCAUUCUGAAGUUGUAAUUCUAGGUAUGUUAUAUAAGAUAACGAAAUGGUCGAUGAUAAAAUGCCAUGCUACAAAAGAUACUUAAUUUGUUUAAGUUGUCUUUCAUAACUUAAAGACUGCUAGCUUUUAUGAAGUUAGUUAAAUGUAUCUAAGUGAUUAGUCGAGCUUCAACUUACGUACCGCCAUCAUAUCUGUUAAAAUAUUUCAAUACCUAAACCUUCUCAGCAAGGUAAAGGACGAAUAAUUAAGGAUAGAAACAUCUUUGUUCUAAAAGUGGAUAUAUUUCUUACUGGAUAAUGCAACUCCAACAAAAGUAAAAAUAAAAUUGUUUCUUUAUGAAGAAAAAAUACGGUUUUUAGAACAUAUGUUAUAAUGGCGGACAUAUUGAGUAUAGCUUCAUGGUUUAAUGGCGGUCAACUAAAUGAGAUUGUUCACGUAAACAAACUUUGCUGUUAAUACGUGAGAUAGAAAAGAACAGGUCAGAGUACUACAGAGUCACAUUUCCUUCGAUUUGUAUCGAAUCGAAAAAGUGUCAUCUACUGACAAUGCUGUUUCCCAGUUGUAACAAGCGCCAUCUAGUUGCAAUCAGUUUCCAAGUUUUGAAGCUAGAUGGCGCUGUAUCGAUUCCAUAUGAAAAUCGCACUCAUCUGUCGUCACGUGAUCGAAUAGGUAAAAAAUCGCACGCAAUAGCGUAGAAGUUUGUGUUACAUUAAUUAUCUGUUAUCGUUGGCCCUUGUUUAGAGCUUAUAGCUCUCGGGUAGCUGUAUAUAGCUUUUAUGUUAGCUUUAUGUGGUAUCGCAGCAUUAAUUUUUUAUAAGAACAUAAUAUUUCUUUUAAGAAAUAGGUUGUAGGUACAUGACCCAAACCUUUGUGAUUUAUAAUUAUACUGUAAUAGUUCUAAUUUACUUAAUUGUUUAUGUGUUAGUUUUUUUAUAAAUUUUUUUGUAAAAUAAAGGUGCCUUUACAUGUA